AUGGACUCCUCUUCAGGGCAUUUCGUGCGUGUUCAAGUUCAUAUCGGUUUUACCACGAUGGUUCGGAAAAGGCAAUCCGUUGUCAAUAAUACUGACGAGCCCACGAAGUCUGUUGCAGUCUCCAAGAAAACUUCAAAUGCGAAGAAUAAGGCGCCUGUUGUCAAAGCUAAAGAAGACAAAGUCAAGUUGACUGCAGCAUCGGCAGAAGAGAAAGUGUUGAAGGUUGUGAAUGGCAAGGCUUCAGUGAAGAGAAAAGCGCCUCAAGACGUAUCGAAGGAUGUCAAAAAGGCCAAGCACGUGGGGUUGGCUCCUGUCGAGAGUUCAGGAGUAGACGAAGGCGCCACAUUGAUCACUUGGGGCACCGGUGAGAUGGGCCAGCUGGGCCUGGGUCCAGACGUUCUGGAGAAGAAGCGCCCGGCGCGGGUUACAGCGGGCACCAAGUACACGCACGUGGCAUUGGGCGGCUUGCACACCGUGGCUGUGAAUUUGCAAGGGAAGCUCGUGUCCAUGGGCUGCAACGAUGAAGGCGUCCUUGGGAGACACACCGAAGAAGAGGAGGAGGCCUUCCUGCCGCAGCCGAUUGUUGCUUCAUCUUUACCCGCCGGGAUGAAGGUGGCGUCUGUGGCUUGCGGUGAUUCGCAUUCAGCCGUCCUGACGACUCAGGGGAAAAUUUUUUACUGGGGGAAUUUUAGAGGUAUAGAUGGAGCUAUGGGUCUCAAGAAAGUGGGAGUGACGGAAUCCGUGCCAACCGAGUUGCCAUUGCCGAAGCUCAGUGGCGGCAGUUCAGAAGCUGAUAGACAUAUCAUUAGUAUGGCGUGUGGAAACGCGCAUGUAGCGUUUGUGACUGCUUCGGGAGUAGCCCUCACUGUAGGCGCCUACGACGGGGGUCAGUUGGGCAGAAUCCCGGACAGACAAUGCAGUGAUCCUGGUCAUCGAAUCAUUGAAAAAGCGUUGACGCCGCAAGAGGUGCGUUUUAGCAAGCGGAGACAUUUUGACGCGUGUUUCGCGACUGCGUUCGGCACGUUUUUCCGGGAGAAGAAUUCCGGGAAGUUGUUCGCGUGCGGAAACAACAAGGUCGGGCAACUGGGUCUGGCAUUGGACAAAAGUACGUCGAGAGACAGCACGGGCUGGCGAAUUCCGUUUGGAAUGGAGUCCCCGAAGCUCAAUCAACUGCUCAAGCCCGGACUGAGUUUCGAGAAAGUUGUCGGUGGACGGGAUCACACGUUGUUAUUGAUUAGUGAUGGAAACGCCUAUACUGUGGGAUCCAAGGAUUUCUGCGGCGUGGAAACGGACGAAGCGACCAUUGUCGAACCCGUCCACCUGAAUCCGUUGUUCGCGGGCAUUUGGAAGGACGGGAUCGUGACGGACGUGGCAGCCAACGAGAUCGUGUCCUUUGCUGUGGUCAAGAGUCGGGAGAAGGAUUCGGGCGGCAGUGAAGAUAAGUUUGCCCUGUUUUCCUGGGGCUAUCAAACCCUGCUGCAACUGGCCCGGAACACGGAAGAAGACUGCGUGGAGCCGGAAGAAGUCAACCUGGGUUCCAUUGUUCCGCUCCGCGUGUUUGCCGGUGGACAACACGCGGCCCUCCUUGGCAAGGAAACGCUGGCGGAUAAACAAUAACCCCUCGUUCUGUCUCCCCCCUCUUGGGACUUUUUUUUUGUUUACUUUUGUUUUUAGGCGGUUGAUUUCUGUCCCUUUUUUCUGUCUUCUGUGGGAGCAAAAGAGAUUAUUUUGCUUUUCUUUUCUGCGCCAGGAUUGCGAUGAUCUUAUUUUGUUUUUCUGCUCUGUGAUGCCAUCAUUAUUGUUGUUGUAGUGUAUCUUUUUUUUGUGUGUGCGGAGUUUCCCCAAAAAUAAUGCAGGGUUCAAAUAAUGUUCAUCUAAAAUGUAGUAUAUUUUCUGCGCCAGGAUUGCGAUGGAAUUUUGUUUUUCUGCACUGUGAUGCCAUCAGUGUUGUCGUGUUUCUUUGCUUUUUUUUUAGUUUCCCCGAAAACAAGGCAGGGUUCAAUUUAUAUUCAACUGAAAUAUCCUGGGGUAAUUAUGGUACAGCCAAAUUCCGUUGAAGCAAAUCUCUUCAUGACGAAUUUUUUUCUUGAUCCUGGGAAUUGUCAGGUAUAAAAAAAAAUGUGUAACGAAGUAAUUUUCCUCUUUAAUCCUUCAAUUUAACUUUCGCCUUCAGGUCACGGAAAUUUUUCAAUAAUUUACCUAAUAUAAAAAAUCCAACUUGUGCAUAAUUGAAGAACCUUCAUGAAAUAUCUAUCCUUUUUUGUGCAGAAAAUUUAGCAUUGCGGGAAGUAAAAAAUUGAAAAUGCGGUCGAUCCCACACAAAUCUGUUGUGGAAAUACUUUAAUUAUUACGGGAUAAAUGUUGACAGUGCUUCCUCUGAUUCGCUUAUCGACUGCCUUUUUUUCUUUUUUUUUAGAAUUGGAAGCUCUGUUCUUGUGUAAACUGUAUUACCGUAGUUUAUAGUGGAAAAAAUUUUCACCUGUUUAAAAAACUGCCUGCGUAGUUUAUACUGCUUAACUGAACGCUUUUUGAAAGUGCUAUUGUUGAGUCCGACAUGGAACGAAAGACAUAUCAUUUUUACUUCAGGACUCGUUGAAAACCUCUUGAUUUUGAUUCCUGAGAUUUUAGAAAUAUUUUUAGUGGUCCUUCAUUUUGGAUUAGUGGAAUUUUUUUUUACAGUUGACGCUCGUAUUUUUGGGGAACCUCUUCGAUCUUUUUACUUCGGUGUAUUCGCGGUCUUGGCGUUGGAAGCUGGGUUCCAUUCAUGUGCUCUUCAUGUUGUUUUAUUGGGCCCGUCUUCCGAUAUAUAUUUUGCGACUUUUUUAUACCUUCACGACCUGAUGUUAAUGAACUCGGGUUUUAUCUGGUUUCCGAGCCUAGUUAUUCAUUUCUUUUUUUUUUCGUUGA